AUGGCGACGCAGGAUAUAACAUCGAGUCUUACAAGGCCACAGCUCGCAGGCCUUCUGUUAGGUAUCUGGCUGCUCUAUGUCAUUCAACUCGGGGUCCGGCGACUCUACUUCAGUCCGAUCUCACACAUCCCGGGCCCCAGGCUGGCGGCAAUGACGCAGUACUACGAGUUCUACUACGAUAUCAUUCUGGGAGGGCAAUACACGUUCAGAAUCAUCGAGAUGCACCGGGAUUACGGGCCCGUUGUGCGCAUCAGCCCGUGGGAGGUCCACGUUGGCGACCACGACUUCUUCCCGGAGCUGUAUACCGGCUCUGGCCGGCCUCGGGACAACGCAUUGGCGACCGUCGAUCAUGAGCAUCACAAACUGAGACGCUCGGCCUUGAAUCCGUUUUUUUCUACGCAGACGGUACGAAAGCUGCAGCCUAUCAUCGAAGAGCGAGUUGAUGCGCUGCUCAGCCGCCUGCUCGAUCAAAGCCAGCGAUCAAAGGAGCCCUUGGACGUUAUGUACCCAUUCUCGGCUUUCACCAACGUCGAGGACGAGACCUUUGGAAAAGAGGUCACUGACAACCUGCUCAUGGGCACUCACCUGGGCCCAAUGAUCAAACACAUGAACUGGGCCCUCACGCUGGUCAACGCACUACCCGAGUCGUUCUCGGGGCGUUUCGUUCCUGGCUGGGGCGGGUUCCUCAAGAUGAAGAACGACAUCAAGGACCAAAUCGCCGAGAUCAAAAAGACGGAGAAUACAGAAAAGUGGCAGCUCGACAUCAACCACCCAACAAUAUUCCACGAGAUGCUCACGUCCAAGCUCCUGCCCCCACGCGAGAAGACGGUGUCGCGGCUCGCGCAGGACGGGCAAAUCCUGGUGCAGGGCGGCACCCUCACGACGUCGUGGACGCUGUCGCUCGCCGUUUUCCACCUUCUCAACCGGCCAUCGACGCUGCGCAGGCUCCGCGACGAGCUCUUCACCGCAAUCCCGGACCGCGACGCCGUUGUCCCGCUAGCGGAGCUUGAGAACCUACCGUACCUGAGGGGCGUCGUGAAGGAGUCGCUGAGGCUCGGGUUCGGCACAAGUUCCCGGCUGGCGCGCAUUUGUCCGGAGGAGACACUCGUCUACUAUGAUAAAGCGCGCGGCAGCACGCUGCGAAUCCCGCCGGGAACGGCCGUCGGCAUGAGCACGUACAAGACGCAGACAGAUCCGAGCAUCUACUUUGACCCGUUCGGGUUCCAUCCGGAGCGCUGGGUCGAAGAGGGCGAGCGGCUGGAGAGGUACUUGACGGUGUUCUGCGGCGGCACGCGCGUCUGUCUCGGCAUGGCGCUCGCGCAGGCCGAGCUGUAUCUCAUGCUUGCGAAAUUGUUUCGACGUUGGGGCGGGGGCGGCAUCGUGGACGGCAGCGGUGAGGGCGAUCUGCGACGUGGAGAUGUUGGAGUUCUCAAGAUCUUCAAGACAACAGUCAGGGACUGCGAGAUGGCGGCGGAUUACUUCAUCCCCAUUCCGUACAAGGGAUCCAAAGGCAUCCGCAUCGUCUUUGACACCCUUGACAGCGCGGCUGCUUAG